UACUGAAACAGCUCCGCUACUUACUCUCUCCAACCACCGUUAAAAUUACCCACCACCACCUCCCUCCGCCGCAAACCACCGCCAUUUUCCAUCUGAGCACGGCCCUACAGAGAUAUGGAUCUCCUCCUCCUCGAGAAGACCCUCAUCGGUCUCUUCUUCGCCGUCACCGUCGCCACCAUCGUCUCCAAGCUGCGCGGCCGGAAAUUCAAGCUACCGCCGGGUCCGAUUCCAGUUCCGAUAUUCGGAAACUGGCUCCAAGUCGGCGACGACCUGAACCACCGCAACCUCACCGACUACGCCAAGAGAUUGGGCGACAUAUUCCUGCUCCGUAUGGGGCAGCGCAACCUCGUCGUCGUCUCCUCGCCGGAGCUGGCCAAGGAGGUGCUCCACACCCAGGGGGUCGAGUUCGGCUCCCGCACGCGCAACGUCGUGUUCGACAUUUUCACCGGCAAGGGCCAGGACAUGGUGUUCACCGUCUACGGCGAGCACUGGCGGAAGAUGCGGCGGAUCAUGACGGUGCCCUUCUUCACCAACAAGGUGGUCCAGCAGUACCGCCACGGCUGGGAGGCCGAGAUCGCCGCCGUGGUCGACGACGUGAGGAGCAAUCCGGCGGCGGCGACCGAGGGGAUCGUGCUGAGGCGGCGGCUCCAAUUGAUGAUGUACAACAACAUGUACCGCAUCAUGUUCGACAGAAGGUUUGAGAGAGAGGACGACCCCUUGUUCGUGAAGCUGAAAUCUCUGAACGGAGAGAGGAGCAGGCUGGCGCAGAGCUUCGAGUACAAUUACGGCGAUUUUAUCCCGAUUUUGCGGCCUCUGUUGAAAGGGUAUCUCAAGAUCUGCAAGGAGGUUAAGGAGAAGAGGUUUCAGCUUUUCAAGGAUUAUUUUGUUGAUGAGAGAAAGAAACUCGGAAGCACAAAGCCAGUGGACAAUGACGGCCUAAAAUGUGCGAUCGAUCACAUUCUUGAAGCCCAACAAAAGGGGGAAAUCAGUGAGGAUAAUGUGCUGUACAUUGUUGAGAACAUCAACGUUGCUGCCAUAGAGACAACGCUCUGGUCAGUCGAGUGGGGCAUAGCCGAGCUAGUCAACCACCCGCAAAUCCAGAAAAGGCUCCGAGACGAAAUCGACGCAGUGGUGGGGCCCGGAGUACAAAUAACCGAGCCCGACACGCACAAGCUACCCUACCUCCAAGCGGUGAUCAAAGAAACCCUCCGCUUAAGAAUGGCUAUUCCCCUUUUAGUCCCUCACAUGAACCUCCACGAAGCAAAGCUGGGCGGCUACGACAUUCCGGCGGAGAGCAAGAUCCUGGUCAACGCUUGGUGGCUGGCCAACAACCCCGCCACCUGGCGGAACCCUGAGGAGUUCCGGCCGGAGAGAUUCUUGGAGGAGGAGUCGAAAGUGGAGGCGAACGGUAACGACUUCCGUUAUCUGCCGUUUGGUGUGGGGAGGAGAAGCUGCCCGGGUAUUAUACUUGCUCUGCCGAUUCUCGGGGUUACUUUGGGGAGGCUGGUGCAGAAUUUCGAGAUGCUGCCGCCACCUGGGCAGGAGAGGAUUGAUACUAGUGAGAAGGGUGGGCAGUUCAGUCUGCAUAUUUUGAAGCACUCUACUAUUGUACUGAAGCCAAGGUCCUUGUGAAGAAAUUUGUUUAUUUGGUGGUGAAUGAUUUCAUUGAUGUGUCUAAGUACUGUAUUUUGGGUGUGUGGUUGGGUUUUAGUAUCUGCUAUAAAGAUUUCUCAAUGUGUAUAUCUCUAGUCUGUUUUUUUAAUAUGAGAAAUUAAAUAAAAUGGAUGGAAAUCGGAGCCGGAAUUUUCGAUUUCAGUU